AUGGGUGAAAAGAAAAUACAAAAAUCCGUUUUGGAGAAAAGUAGUGCAAUGGAUAAAGUUGGAAAUUAUGUUGUUGGUGAAUUUCCUGCUGGUUUGAAGAUUCUUAUUGUUGAUGAUGAUAGAACAUGUCUUCUAGUAUUAGAAAGAAUGCUUCGAAAGCUUUUAUAUGAAGUUACCAAGUGUCAGCUAGCAAGGGACGCCCUUGCUUUGGUUCGAGAAGACAAAAACAGAUUUGACAUCGUCAUAUGUGAUUUACAUAUGCCUGAUAUGAACGGAUUUAAGCUUCUUGAGAUCAUUGGAUUAGAGACGGACUUGCCGUUAUGUCAUACAGUGAUGUCUUCAGAUGAUGGAAAGGGAGUUGUUAUGAAAGGUAUAAUCCAUGGAGCUUGUGAUUAUUUGAUAAAACCAGUUCGCAUGGAAUCAAUUAGACUCAUUUGGCAGCAUGUGGUCCGCAAGAAAAAACGUACCUUGGGAGAGUUUCGACAGCCUGGGAACAUUAAUGUUAGUGACAGGUUAUUGCUAUUAGAACAAGCUAACAAUGCUGUUGAUCAAAUGCCUGUAAGAGAUCUGCAAAGCCUGAAACGGACAAGAGAAGAUGAAGAUAAUGAUGGGGGAUCCUCUGAUGAAGUGACGACUGCAAAGAAGCAGAGGAUGGUUUGGACACAAGAGCUCCAUGACAUGUUUGUAGCUGCUGUAAAUCAACUGGGGCGUGACAAGGCUGUUCCUAAGAAAAUUUUGGAACGAAUGCAAGCUAUGAAUGUUAAUGGUCUUACAAGAGCAAAUAUUGCCAGUCAUCUUCAGAAAUACCGCAUGCAUCUUCAAAAGAGAGGUGAACCUUCGACUAAUAACAGAGAUCCCAAUUCCUUUUUCGAACAAGCCUCUUCAUUUCGCCAGCACAACCUACAAUUCCAACCCACAGGCACUUCAUGUCUACUUCCACUUCAAAAUCACAUCACCCCACAAUCAAGUAGUUUUGAGAGAUCAGCAAAUGAAAAUUUAAUAAGUACAGGUCCAAGUCAUGAUCAAGGGGGCAAUGUUUUUGACUCAAUUGUUUCAGAAUCAAGUCGCUGUCUCCCAACUGAAUUCUCCUUGCAUGAUCUCUCUCGUGCCAACUUGUUAUAUCAAAAUGAUUUUCCUGGUGGUGAUGUUGUCAUCUCAAAUGAAGAAUAUUUGUACAGAAACAUAGGAAAUGUUAAUGAGCUUAUUUCACAUCCCCUUUCAGCUGUGGAUAAUCAGUUGAUCUAUGAGCCCUCGCUUUUGCAAGAGAUUGCAGUCAACGGAUAUCUGAUAUAUAUCAGUUCAACCCCGACGGCUAGCCGUAAAAAUUUCUUCUUCAUAAAAAACAUGCAGCGAAGUACAUACCUUUUCUUUUUACCAUUUCUUUCUUCUUAUCUUGUGAAAACUACUUCUUUGAAAAGCCAGGAACUUGCUCAAAUCUUUUGGAUUAUUGUUAUAAAAAACUAUAUUAACUUUUUAAGAAAUUGCCUGUCAAUCCAUCGCAAUAUAAGUCUUCAGAAAUUUGGAGGAUUAUACAGUUAA